CUUCGUCUCGGGCUUACAUUCGUCUACUCGUUUGUAAUUAAUAACCAACUUACCGCACUAAUAUCAUAAAUAACUAUUACUUAUCUCCAUCGUAGUCGCAUUUUAAUGCCACCUUGUACCGUACGUAAAGGAUUUGGCGUAAAUACGUGACGCCUCGUAUGUAUCAUUGUGUGUAAGUAUAACGUAAGCGAAAUAACAUUAAAAAUAUAUUUACACCGUAACGUGACGAAAACAAGGCUCGAUAAAUUCUUAUAUUGCGGUCUAUUUUAAAAUGAUAACGAUAUUCCCUUUAAUGAAAAGGUCGAAAACCGCUGUAAUGGAGUUAAAAUUGAUAGGUUUGUUCAUUAAUUGAAAUGGCAUAAAAACGUAUUAAAGACGGGUUAUUAGGGAACAGGUGGUAGUUGCUCUAGCAGUAGAGACUGUAAUCGAAAUUUUAUCGAGUCCCUUAACAAGAAAUUAAAGUAUGAUUAUAGAUUUGCUUUAAAUUUAUAUAUAAAAACGUGUAAAAGCCAGAAAGGACAUAUUAAUUUGCUACAUUAAGCAUGAGUUGAACUGUUCAGUUAAGGUAUCGGUUACGUAAAAAUGGGAUGCACCAUUUAACGAUAGUCAAAAUGAGGUCAUAAUUUGACAGCUGGUGACAAUCAACUGUCCAAGUGAAGCCAGUUAAUGUUAUAGUGGAAAUUUAACUUUAACUAGCUCUGUAGUGCAACUCACACUAAGUUCUUUUAUUGCUAUCGCAAAGAAAGUCUCAAGGUCAGUUGCGAACUGGAGGAGGAUCGAGAAACUACUCUAACCCUCAGCCAGCUUGCCACUCAACUCCAGCCACGACCACAUAACCUCCCCUCACGACACCCUCUCUACGUAGGAGCCCUCUCGAGCUAUCUCACUUCCGCAAUAAGCGAGGCGCCCCGAUAGGUUCCAGCGAUGCCAAACUAUCGCUGCAACCUACCAGACGAUGCUAGAGAGCUGUUAAGAGCAAAGAAUGCUUCCACUAGGGCAUUCGACAUCUGCCCCACGGACAACAACCGCUCCCGAUUGCGUACCUUGCAGCGUGCUGUUAAAGCGCGCAUGAAGGAAAUGCGGGAGUCUAAAUGGGAUGAACUACUUGAAGAAAUUUCACCAUCACACCAAGCUUAUUGGAAGCUGACGAGAUCCUUCAAGUCAGAGGUCGAAUCCUCUAUGCCUCCCUUGACCAAACAUGACCGAUCGAUCGCGUUUAACGACGACGAAAAGGCCAAAUGCCUGGCCGACAGCCUGGAAGCGCAGUGCUCCGUACCGCCCACCGCAACCCUCGAAACGAUCACUGUAGAUGAGGUGCACUCGUUAAUCCGUAAACUGCACCCACGGUGCGCCCCUGGGUCAAUCGGAAUCUCUAGUAAGGUCCUUAAGAUCUUACCAGCCCAACUCCUUUGCCUUAUUACCGCGAUCUUUAACGCGCCUAUGACAAACGCGACAUUUCCCGCAGAGCGGAAAAAGGCCGUCGUUAUCGGGUUCCGGAAACCCGGUAAGGACGGCGCCUUACUCUCUAGCUAACGCUCCAUAAAUCUCCUCAAAACGCUCGGGAAACUUAACGAACGCGCCCUCGCUAGCCGCCUUAAAAAAUUUCGCUUCGCGAACAAUCUUAUUAUGAACAAACAGGUUCGAGUUAGGAACGUCUUAGAGAACCCCGACGAAGAAAUCACCCGCGCCAAUGCGCCUCCGACUCCUCUCACACGGGCCACAAACACCACACCACAAAGCUAGCAAACUUGCACACUAGCUUAGCAUUAGGCUGACACCACACCCGUAGGAUAAGGGUGCGAAUACCAGGUUUACAAACGACACGCUAUACCAGGUACAGGUAGGCGUUUUUCCUCGCCCCGGCUAACUAGAUCCGAGGUCAGAGUCUCAGAGACGUCCUCUAGUUGAGCCGACCCCCUCAGGCUCGAGUGGUCUAAACUAAAAGCUCCAGACGGAGAGAAGAUUCCCCCGGGGGCAGAUGCCAUACGCCUGAAAUACCACUAGAGGCACUCUCCAAUUCUCGGCUUGAGGUCCUCUUAGGAUCUCGCCGUCCCCAAACCCGGUGACCCUGUAAAGGUCAUCCGCGACCAACAUACAAACUCAAAAAAAAGCAAAGAAGGUGACAGAGCCAAUUUAAUUUAAAGUUAAACGUUAGUUAAUUGACGUCUCUGAAAAUGGCCGUAAAUUUACAUAUUAGGUAGCGUAUAAAUUUACACGAGUUUCAAGAAGAAAAAAGACAUAAAUUGCUGCAACAAUGCAGCACACAUGCGUAGAGGUAGAGAAGUACACAUUCGGGCAGCCUUGCACGCAACAGAUUUAUAAUAAGAUAAGGACAACCCAGCUUUAAGUGUUAAAUAUUGAGGCGCUCCAUUAGCACGAUUCCUGAACAAUUUAUUUGAGUUACCACGAAAGUGUUGUCGAGUUAGAAAAUAUUAGAGGAAACGACGAGUGUAAAACUUUCUUUAUUAGCCGUCAAACGCGAAAAUAUAUUAAUUAUCUACUUAUUAUACUCGCCUGCAUAUACGCGAUAUCGAUAGCGGUUUCAUUAGUCCCUGUUUAACCUAUUGAUCAAUUUGUAACAUAAUUGUUUAUAGCAUUUAACUAUGAAUCUGAGGUGGUUACGUUCGUGCUUAUUUGUAAGUAUUGCAUUUUUAAUUGUAUGUGACUUCAUUAUAUUUUUUUCAGUUAAGUGAUUUUUUUAUUAUUUAUUUAUUAAACAGCUUUAUAAGAGAAAAACCCCUUAUUAACAACAUAUUUCCAGUACCUACCACUAAGGAGUCAUUCGAGAUAUUUCAUAAGCCCCUUGUUUCGUUAACUGUAGGUUUUACUCUUUUGAUAAAAAGUUGAAAGAUUUAAAAGGGGUAAAAGUACGUUUAGUUUCCCAUGUUAAUUGACGCUUCGAAUUCUUUUUAGUUGCCUGCCAGUCACAAAAAUGGCCUAUUUAAGAGUGCUGUACUAAUAAAAAGUUGUAGGCGCCCUUUAUAAUAUUUGCUAAAUCGCAUGUCGCAUUCAUACUCUUGUGAUUCUAGUGAACGAAAGAUAUGGAUCCUUUAUAUGUAGGUUCUGGCGUUAAAAUCUGUUAAUGGAGAGAAAUUUCCUUUCCCCCACACCCAUAUCUACGACGCCUAAGUCAGUCGACGCAAGUAAUAAACUUUUAUUAAGAAUUUAAUGUACAAAUACAAAAUGUAUUUUUAUUGUACUAACGACGCGACGGUACACGUUGAAUCAUACGUUUAUCAGUGUUAUGUAACGACGCCGCAUUCGUUACAGCCCCAAUUUUCCGUAUCAAUGCUGGCAGAAUCAACAGUUACUAAUAUUUGAGAAUUCCUUUGUACAGCUACACGACAAAAUAAGCCAAACCACAAGACAUGCGCAGUAAGAAAAAGAAAUAAAUCACGUGCGAAGGGCUUCCAUUUCCACGAACACUUCAACUCAUUUUGUGCUUUUGGAUAUUAUCGUACCCACUGAAUUGUUCAAGACCGAGAAAUAUCAUAAUUUUAUAUUAACUAGUUACAUAUAAAACGGUAAAAAUCGACCGCUCGGCAAACACUACAUCGAUG